AUGGCGUCUUUCGCACCGGGUUUGCGAAGGCUGGCCCUUCGGGCUUCGCCUUCACUUUUAAUAUUGCGACAAUGCCAGCGGCAGCAGCCGCAAUGGCAAUCCUCUUCCCGAAUCCUCGAUAUCGUACGAUCGCAGCAGCCGCAGCAGAUCCGAUGCUUCAACCAGACCAAGGCUCCGCUGAACUUCAGCAGCAAUGUCAUCGCCGACAAGGCCUCCCCAAUCGCCCAGCAGGCUGCUGAGGCGGCCAAGGAUACUGUUAAGAAAAGCGCAUGGCCCGAGACGAAUUCCAAGUCUGUAGCAUAUUGGCUUCUUGGUAGCGCAGUCAGUGUCUUUGGUAUCGUUGUCUGGGGUGGCCUCACGAGGUUGACCGAAUCUGGCUUGAGUAUCACUGAAUGGCGUCCUGUAACCGGCUCUCUCCCUCCGCGCAACGAUGAAGACUGGGAAUCCGAAUUCGAAAAGUACCGUGCUUCCCCCGAAUUCAAGCUUCUCAACCCGCAUAUGACUUUGGACGAGUUCAAGAAGAUCUACUUCAUGGAGUGGUCCCACCGUCUCUGGGGCCGUUUUAUUGGAAUGUCCUUCGUUUUGCCGACUCUGUACUUCAUCGCCCGCCGCCGCGUCACCCCUAAGAUGGCGGUCAACCUCCUUGGAAUCUCCGCCCUCAUCGGCUUUCAGGGCUUCAUCGGCUGGUGGAUGGUCAAGUCUGGCCUCAAGGAUGACCUUUUCGCUCCCGGCUCCCACCCUCGUGUCUCCCAGUACCGCCUGACUGCCCACCUUGCCACGGCCUUCGUCUGCUACUCCUGGAUGCUCAUGUCCGCUUUGUCCAUCCUACGUACCCGCCGCCUACUCGCCGACCCUGUCGCCGCCUCCAAGGCUCUGGCUGCCCUUCAGAACCCUGCCAUCAAGACCUUCCGCCGCCUGUCCUUUGCCCUUGUCGCCCUGGUCUUUACCACCGCCAUGUCUGGCGCUCUCGUCGCUGGCCUCGACGCUGGUCUCAUCUACAACGAGUUCCCCUACAUGGGCCUCGGUCUCACCCCGCCAGCCAAGGAGCUCUGGGACAAAUUCUACUCUCGCAAGGAGGAUGGCUCUGACCUGUGGUGGCGCAACAUGCUCGAGAACCCCAGCACUGUUCAGCUCGACCACCGCAUCCUCGCCAUGACCACGCUCACUGCUAUCCUCUCCCUCUUUGCUUACUCCCGCACCGGUCGCGUGGCUGCCGCCCUUCCCAGAGAUGUGAAGAAGGGUGUCAUGGGCACCGUCCAUUUGGUUCUUAUGCAGGCCGCUCUGGGCAUCAGCACCCUCAUCUACAUCGUCCCUACCCAUCUGGCCGCGACUCACCAAGCUGGUGCUCUGGCCCUGCUGACUGGCGCCCUGGUUCUCGGCCACCGCCUGCGUGUGCCCAAGUCCACCCUGGCUAUGAUCCAGAAGCGCAUCAAGGCCAUGAACGUCAAGCAUUGA